AUGGGUUCUCUUGAUCGUUUCUGCGCCAUGAAACCCUCUCGCGGCCCUAAGGGUGAUGCUGGUGGUGAUGAACCACCUCGCGAGCCCAUCCGGUCCAUGUCCGUACGGGUAAGUUAUUGUGUAACACACAAACUUCGAUGUGAUGCCCACCCACUUUGGUCCAACGCUACGAUGGCAACAACAUACGGCUUCCACCAUAACGUCCAUCCGCUGGCUCGACUUCCAGCACACUCAACCUUUCAAACUCUUUGA